UCGUCGCUCCCCCUCCCUGCCCUCGGCCUCCCGGGCUCCGGCUGCAGCGUCAGCCUCGGGCGGGCCUCCCUUGCGGCGGCGGCGGCUCCUCGGCCUCAGCGUCGGCGCCUCUCGGCGCCCCUUGGCCGCGGUCCGCAGCGACGCCCGCCCUCGCCGCCCCGGUGCCCGCCUAGGCCGCGGCCGCAGCCCCGGGCUCACGUCGGCGCCGCCCGCUCCCGGCCCGCCCCCUAUGGGCCCCGGUUAGAGGUGCCGCCGCCGCCGGCCCGCGGAGCCCCGAUGCUGGCCCGGAGGAAGCCGGUGCUGCCGGCGCUCACUAUCAACCCCGCCAUCGCCGAGGGCCCGUCCCCCACCAGCGAGGGCGCCUCCGAAGCAAACUUGGUGGACCUCCAGAAGAAGCUAGCGGAGCUUGAACUCGACGAACAGCAGAAGAAGCGUCUGGAAGCCUUCCUCACCCAGAAGGCCAAGGUCGGAGAGCUCAAGGACGAUGACUUCGAAAGGAUCUCGGAACUGGGGGCCGGGAACGGCGGGGUGGUCACCAAGGUCCAACACAGACCCUCCGGCCUCAUCAUGGCGAGAAAGCUGAUCCACCUGGAGAUCAAGCCGGCCAUCCGGAACCAGAUCAUCCGCGAGCUGCAGGUGCUGCACGAGUGUAACUCCCCAUACAUCGUGGGCUUCUACGGGGCCUUCUACAGCGACGGCGAGAUCAGCAUCUGCAUGGAGCACAUGGACGGCGGCUCUCUGGACCAGGUGUUGAAGGAAGCCAAGAGAAUUCCCGAGGAGAUCCUGGGGAAGGUCAGCAUCGCGGUUCUCCGGGGUUUGGCGUAUCUCCGGGAAAAGCACCAGAUCAUGCACCGAGACGUGAAACCGUCCAACAUCCUCGUCAACUCCCGAGGGGAGAUCAAGCUGUGCGAUUUUGGGGUGAGCGGGCAGCUCAUCGACUCCAUGGCCAACUCCUUCGUGGGAACUCGGUCCUACAUGUCUCCAGAGCGGUUGCAGGGCACUCACUACUCGGUGCAGUCGGACAUCUGGAGCAUGGGCCUGUCCCUGGUGGAGCUGUCCAUCGGAAGGUACCCCAUCCCCCCGCCGGAUGCCAAGGAGCUAGAGGCCAUAUUUGGCCGGCCCAUGGUUGACGGGGCAGAAGGAGAGCCUCACAGCAUCUCACCACGGCCGAGACCCCCUGGACGCCCCAUCAGUGGCCACGGGACGGACAGCCGGCCGGCCAUGGCCAUCUUCGAGCUGCUGGACUACAUUGUGAAUGAGCCGCCUCCCAAGCUGCCCAGCGGUGUCUUCACCCAGGACUUCCAGGAGUUUGUAAAUAAAUGCCUCAUUAAGAACCCAGCGGAGCGAGCCGACCUGAAGACGCUCACGCCUGGGGAGGCCUGCUCUUCAGGCACCUCCACGACACGAGACCGCGAGGGUCACACCUGCUGGUUCUCGGUCUCUGGUGCCGAGCGUCCAAACACGAGCGUCUCUCAGUUACCGCAACGUGGUCUUUCCAAACCACACCUUCAUCAAGCGGUCCGAGGUACAAGAAGUGGACUUCGCCGGCUGGUUGUGUAAAACGCUGCGGCUGAACCAGCCCAGCACGCCCACACGCACCGCCGUGUGACGGGGACCCCCGGCGCCCCGCUCUCCCCCGCCCGCCCGCCCGCCCGUCUCCGGGGAGGGCGGCCCUGCUCCUGGCGUCUUCUCAGACCUGCUUCCUUAGGUUCAAAACAAAACAGGGAAAGAAAAAGCAAACUGUGCCCGUCGUACUCGUUCCAUUCGUUCUGGGGCGGCGGCCCCUGGCCCAGUCCCGGGGCAGGAGAGCCGCCCGGGGGGGCAGCGCCAGCCCCGAGCCCGCCGCCCACCGGGGGAGGAGGGGGUGGGGGUGGCACCGGGAGCCGGCCUCGCUCUGUUCCCAAGGGACGCGGCCUCGGAGGGGACCUCUGGACACCGGCGUCCUUCACCGGACGGGGAGGGGCGCCCUGCCCCCGACGCCCAGCACUGUCCCUGGAGGUGGCCGUGGGGUCGGCCCCUCUGCCCUCCCCACCGCCUCUCGUCACUCAGCGUCCUGUGACCUGCGCCUCAGGAGGGACCCGCUCAGCCCCGCCCCGUGCUCAGGGGACAGACACUUCUGACUUCACGGCAGCGAGCCGGCACCUGGCAGAAAGGACGUGGCGGGUUUCCAAGCUGUCGGCGGAGCCGGCAGACGAGGCCCGUGCCGUCCCCGAGCCUGCGCACCGCCAGAUGCGACCAGGUGGCUCCUCGUGUCCCCUCCGCUUUCCCAGAUUCGGGAGUGACUGCCCAGGGCGGGUCACUCGGGCCAUCCGCGGGGUCAGCCGCAGCCGCCGGGAGAGGGAGGUGGUCCCAGUUCCUCGUCCGUCGGGGCCCGGCCGCACUGCCCCUGGAGCCGCUUCUGAGACUUUCUGUCCUCGGAGCCCCGGAGAAGAUGGAGCUGGGAGCCGGGGGCUCCCCUGGACACUGCCCGCGGGCUGGGACGAGCCGACGCUCAGCUUCGGGGAAUCGCAGGAGGAGCCCUCGUCUCCUGUGGACACCAGAGAGACGGGUUGCUGGCUCCUUCGACCGGCUUUCAGGGUCGUCCACUUCCCAGAUCCCCCAAAGUCUCACCUGGUCGGGAGGAGAAUAAAGAUAAGCGGAAGUCGA